UCUGACAGACUCGUGGCUGUGGGUGCAGGACCAUAGAGACAGAGGGCAUCUGACCUCUUGGCUAUAAAGCUAUCCUGGGUACUUCUGUACUGUUACGCAUGACCACACAUGAUGAUUUUACAGCAGCGAAGUACCGAGCUCCUGUUGCGAUAUAUUGUGGGCGCCUUCCCCAAGUGAAGCCUGGAUGCAGGGCCCUGAGAGGAGGGAGCAUGGAUUCCAGUCUGCAUCUGCAUGGGAAUGGAUGGAUGCCAGCAAAUGAUGCAUCUCUUCAUACGGUUCUAAAGAAACAAUCAUGUCUGUGGGAAGACAAGGGAAAAUCUUCUGAUCCUUCCCCUCUGGAGAGCUGGGACAGCAGGAAAGGCCUUCAGAAGCAAGCUAACAAUAGCGCAGGCAUGGAAGAGUCUACCCAACCACCCAGCAUGCAGCCGAGAGAGCACCUGGAUGAACAGGAAGUCUGCAGUGCAGCCAUGGAGACUGCCCAGAUCAAGGACAAGCUCAAGAAGAGGCGAAUGUCUGAAGGCACACUUGCUUCUAAUAAAGGCUUUCUUGAUCCUGCAGGUCCCAAGGGAUCAGCUCUGAAACCAGCCAUAUCCAGAUCUGCUUCUCAAAGACUCUUGGUCGCUUCUAAACCUAUGCCUCCUAUUCAGAGCAUCCCCACUUCCCCAGAGAUAAAUGGAGUCCAUGGAAGAGAGCAUGAAGUGUCAGAGAAUGGCAGAGGUUGCUUGGAAGCUGGAGGGAAUCAUUCAGAGUCAAGAGGAGCCACACAACAGAUCCCACAUGGCCAUGUUGAGAGCUUGAGGAGGUCAUUGGGUGCUGCUUUGAUCCCACCCAUCCCCAAAUCAGCAAAGGCAAGUGAAGAUGAUUCUCAGAAAUGUCUGGAACCACUUCUGAGCUCAUCGAAGCUGGACCCUGCUCCUUCUGCUGCCGAGGAGUUCCCUAAACGAGGGUCCAGGCCAGAGGCUUGUAAUACUGAAGAGGACCAUUUUGAAAGUCAGGGCUCAUUAGAAACUGGGACAUCAGACCCUGCUUUCAGAGACAGCUUGCCUGCAGCCUUGAAGGUUGAUGGGUGCCCACCUGAAGCCUCACAGCCCAGAACAACACCUUCCUCAUGCCUGGGCAAGGAAAGAGAUGAAGAGUGGAAGGAGAGCAAUGGAAGGAUUCAAGUGACCAUAUCCAAAUCAGCUCAAGAGAAAAUGCGGCAGAAGCAGCUAAAGGAAAUAGAGAUUUUGCGCAAAGAAAGAGAGAAGGAGAAAGAGGGAGAAAAGGAAAGAUCAAUGUUGUUCCAAGAACAGUUACAGAAAACUGCUCAGAAAGGUUCCAGCCCACCUAACAGCAAUGGGGCCACACUGGUUGCAAUUGGCCUGAACAACCCCGGCCGAGCUCCUUUUGGAACAGCCUUGAAGAAACGGGUGAACCGGCCGUCGCUCCCCAAUAUUCCUGUCAUCAACCAUGACAGUAGCUUCUUGAGACAUGCUUCGGCUAACUCGCUCCCAGCGAAUCUCCAAGGUUCUCCAGAAUGGGAGGAAGACUUUUUAACCAGAUAUGCCUUGGAAAUAAGACCUUUGUCUCACCCAGAACAGGGGCUGGUAGAUGCUCUGAAGUGGCUAAAUAGCAAUGACUGGCGUUUAAAGGAGAAAGGACUCUUCACCAUUAGAUGCUUGGCCACCUGCCAUUCAGAAGUUCUCCAGUGUAGACUUCAUGAUGUUUCCUUGGCAGCUACGAAAGAGGUUAGCAACCUUCGGUCCAAGGUGUCUCGGUUUGCUAUUGGAACUCUUGAGGAACUCUUUAAGACCAUGAAGAAGCAGAUGGAUCAAGAUGUUGAGGAGAUUUCCCGGGUGCUUCUCCAGAAGGCGGGUGAUUCUAGUGAAUUUAUUCAGAAAGCAGCUGACCAGUCCUUAGGCAUCAUGGCACGGAAUGUGACUCCUUCGCGAUCUAUGGCGGCCCUCGUGGCCAAUGGAGUAAGCCACCGCAACCCUCUGAUACGAAAAUGUGCUGCUGAACACCUAUUGACUGUUGUGGAGCAGAUUGGGGCUGAAAAAUUGCUCUCAGGCAAUCGGGAGAACACAGAGGCUCUUGUGCAGACAUUAGUCAGACUUGCUCAGGAUCGCAAUCAAGACACAAGGUUUUAUGGCCGGAAGAUGCUGAAUAUACUUAUGUCCCAUUCAAAAUUUGAUGGAUACUUGAAGCAAUGUCUUCCAUCACAUGACUUACGUAAUGUCAUUGCUACAAUUAAGCAGAAAGGGACAGAAGAUCAUAUAUCCCAGGCUCCUUCAGCCAAAAGCCACAGAGUAUCAAAGAACAGCAGCUUAACAGCCUCACUGGACAGCCUGCCUUCAGAUGAUGGGUCCACCUUUAUAGCCCUGCCACAGUCCACGCCUCGCCGCUCCUCCCUUCGCAGCAUUGAAGUGCUGGAACAGCUCAGGGAGCUGAACCACCUGCUGAUGGCAAAGGAAUUUCAGACACGGAUGGAGGGGAUAAAAUUGCUAACAGAAUACUGCAGGAAUAACACUGCACUUGUCUCCUCAAACAUCAUACAGAUCUUUGAUGCUUUUACCCUGAGACUUCAAGACUCCAACAAGAAAGUGAACCAGUAUGCACUGGAAUCAGUUCUCCUCAUGAUCCCAAUCCUCAAGGAAGGCUUAAAUCCAGUCCUGGUUUCUGUGGUGACUGUGGUCGCUGACAACCUAAACUCAAAGAAUUCUGGGAUUUACAGUGCAGCUGGGAAGGUGCUGGAUACAAUGAUCAUUCAUCUAGAUAAUCUGCUGCUGCUUCAGACAUUUGCCAGCAGGGUGCGUUUUGUCAGUGGCCGGGCACUGCAGGAGAUCACAGACCGCCUGUCAGUGCUUGUGACUUUGGUUUAUCCACGGAAGCCCCAGCCAGUAGAGCGACACAUCCUCCCUGUUCUGUGCUAUUUCCUGAACAACAUGAUUGGCAACGGGGUGUUGCCUGGAAAGACUGGAAAUGUAAGAACUGUGGUCUCUAAACUUGCUAAAAGCCUUCACAAGCAAAUGGGGCCCAGACUUGAGGAAUUCAUCACCAGCCAACCACAACAUGUGAUCAAAGUCUUCCAGGAACUUCUCUAUAUGGAUCUCUAGUGAAGAAGGCUGAGUACUGUAUCCAGGACCAUUUACAGCAUAAGCCCUGUCAGGAGAGGGCAGAAAGAAGGUGGUAGACAAUGACACAGAGCUUGCCACUGUUCAGUUACAAUAUUUUAAAAUGUAAUAAUAUACUGUGAACAGCUUCUAGCAAUAACCCAUUAUGGAAAGUGUAUAUAAAAUAUUUUGGUGUAGAAGUAAAUCAUAUAUUUUUCUAAGGAAAUUUUCUCAACUAUAUCCCAUAGAGACUUAAAUUUUAAUAAAGCACAACAACCACAAAUGUAACUCUUACAUGUAUAUAAAAAGAGCAUUUUAUUUAUAUAAUAAAUGUGUGUCAAAGGAGGGAAAGGAAGAUAACAAUGAUAAAUAAUGGGCAUUUAGUUCUACUAUAGUGGACUGCUGAUAUAAUAUUGUGUAGAUUAAAUGAGCAUCUCUGUGAAUGUUGGUCUCGGCUCUUCUUCUACACAUAGAGGUUUAAUGAGCACAUCUUUGCAACAGGGAAAGGCCUCCUGCUGUCCCGUAUAGGUGUAAAUUGAACUGAUGUUUGUAUGUAGGCUGAGUUAGCAAGCAGAUGGAAUAUCCUUUUCAUGUCUUUGGUACUGUUUUUUAUGAUUCCAUUAUAACUGCGAGAUUUAAGGGGUGGAUUGGGUUGAGGAGGUGCCUCACUAGGAAGCAGUUUCUGUGGGACCACAUGGGUAUAAGGCUUGAGGGAGUCGGAAACUAAAGGAACAGUUAUUGCAUCAAGACCUAUUUGGCUCAGUUGCUGCUCCAAGUGUUCAGCCCUAUGUUCUGUCCAUUAAACAACUGUGGCUCCUUAAAGGGUGAGUGCUCAAGGGCACAUAUUGCUUCACAUAACUUGUCCAUUACGCAACUUCCAUGUUAAAAGUCUGAUGUGGUGCAAGGUGAUCAUCUUAGUAAGAACUGUGCCUUAGAUGGCACCUUUUGGCAAAGAGCUAAUGAGAUCUUUAUAAGAUAGACAAAAAUUGUGGUCUUAAAUCAGAUGUGACUCACUGUACCAGAAAUGCAUCUUUUUUGUUUGCAGAAGGAGAGUAACGAAGUCUGGAACUAGAGUCAUGGCAACUGGACUUCUUUCUUGUUA